UCACGUCAAUCCGCACGCAACUCGGUUCCUCGGUACCUCCCGGUAAAUCAGUCAAGAUGGCCGCCGCGAUCAAAGCCCUCAAUGCGAAGAUUCGCUCCAACCCGUACACGGAUUACUUUUGCUCGACUCAUUUCUGGGGCCCGGCGAGUAACUUUGGUAUCCCGAUUGCGGCUAUUGCGGACAUGAGCAAAGAUCCUGAGAUCAUCUCCGGCCGUAUGACCGGCGCCCUUACCCUGUACUCCGGCACAUUCAUGCGCUACGCCAUGGCCGUAACACCAGCAAACUACCUGCUCUUCGGCUGCCACGCCAUCAACUUCAGCUCGCAACUCGUUCAAGGGUACCGAUACCUCAACUACUGGAACUUCGGCGGCCGGGAAGCUAGCCUGGCGGGCAAGGCGGAUAAGGCCAAGGAUGAGGCAAUGGGUAUGGUGGGAAAGGCGGAGCAGAAGCUCGAGAAGGUCGCCGAGGAUGUCAAGGGCGUCAUUCCGAAAUAAAUGGGAUAAAGCAGAAGUGCAUGUCGGAGCAGAAGACGCCUAUUGUGCAUAUACCAAUUGAUGAGC